AUGGAACGAAAUAUGAAUGAAUAUAGUGAAUUAUUUUAUCAUUGUGUACAAGUAUUAAAUGAAUAUAAUAAUAAUAUAUUGGAAGAAAUAUUUUUAGAAGAAUAUUUUCAAUUAAAUAAAGUUUCUAAUCAAUCAUUUGUAUCAACAGUAUUAAUGGAUUGUACACGUCAUUCAGAAUUACUUAAAGCAAUAGUGGAGAUUUUUUAUAAAACAGUUGGUAUCAAUAUACGAAGAUCUGAACAAAAUAUUUAUAAAGUUCUUACUUAUAUUAUUUUUUUUCAACUUGAUUCAGUUGAUAUGAAACUUUUACGAGGAUUUAUUAAUUCAGUACAGUUACAUCAAGUGCAUCAGUUUUUACAAUUUCUUAUAAAUGAAGAUUUUAUUUCAAUUAUCAAAACAGAAUGUCUGAAAUUGUACGAUGAAGAAUAUAUUAAUGAAAAAAUUCUUGGAAUUUUUGAAAAAUAUCAUCCAACUUUACGUGGUAUUUUACUUGAUAUUAAUAAUAUAAUGGAAGGACGUACAGCAACACGUCAUUUACCAGAACCAACUAAAAUCAAACCAUUUAAACUUACUGCAUUGAAAGAACGAAUUGUUCCUAUGCCAAAAAUUAUACCAAAAAUGGAAAAAUGUCGACUACCACCAAAAUCAACUUAUGAACCAUCAAAAGAACAAAAUGAAUUAGAAAAAUUACGCGAAGAUAAUCAUCAACAAGGUUUAUAUAAAUUAAAUCGAACACGAUCAUUAUCCUAUCAUUUUAUGCAAACAGAAAAAUCAACUAAAACUCAAAUUAAACAAACGAAAAUUAUUGAAGAAAAUGAAAAAAAUCUUCAUUGUGAACAAUUUCGAGCGAAUCCAUCACCUAAAUCUCAGACAAAUAAAAUUCCAGUUAAAUUAAAUGUCGCUGCAAUACUUAAAGAAAAUCAAUUAUUUAAAAAACAAGAAGAUAAUGUUCGUCAACGUUUACUUGAUUUUGAAGCUGGUGGAAAAGAUGCACAUGAAUUUUUUCAAUGGCAAGAAACAAUGCAAAAACAAGAUUAUGAACAAGAAAUAAUUGCUAUUGAACGUAAAAGAUUAGAAGGAAAAAUAAGUUAUGAAGAAGCUAUACUUGCUAAACAACGUUUAACUGAUGAAAAUCGACGUAUAGCUGAUGAAAUAAAACGUCAAACACGUGAAGCUAUUGAAAUUCAUGUUAAAGAAAAACUUCAACAAGAACAAAGAAUGAAACAACUAAUCGAAGAAGUUGUUAAUGGACGAGAUAAUGCUAAAGUUGCACAACAAAAACUUCAACAAUAUAAAACAGAUUUUGUUAAACAAUAUAAAGAAGAAACAAAACAAUUAAUGAAACAAGCACUUGAAGAGGUUUUCAUCCCGCCGGUUUAUGUAUCAGUUUUGGAUCGAGCUGUAUUCAAUUCAACAAAAAGUGAAUAUCAUCAAGAACAAAUAGAUUCAAAUAUUCCUAUGGAUUAUCUAUCAUCAUCUGAUCAACAACAUACAGCUGUAAAUAGUCCAGCAAAUUUACAAGAUAAUUCUGAAGCAAUGACACCAACACCAACAACAAUAAACAAUAUUCCAACAACAGCAAUAUCUUAUGUUGAAACACCAUUUUGGUGUUCAAUACUUUAUUAUGAAUUAAAUCAACGUGUUGGUGAAACAUUUCAUGCAUCACUUAAUUCAUUUGUUAUUGAUGGAUAUUGUGAUCCAAAUGCAUCAGAUAGAUUUUGUCUUGGAUCAUUAACAAAUGUUAAUCGAACUUAUGAAAGUGAAACAUGUAGAAAAGUGAUUGGUCACGGUGUACGACUUUAUUAUAUUGGUGGUGAAGUUUUUGCUGAAUGUCAUUCAGAUUCACCAAUAUUUGUUCAAAGUCCAUGUUGUAAUCAACGAUUUCAAUGGCAUCCAGCAACAGUUUGUAAAAUACCACCACGUUGUAAUUUAAAGAUCUUUAGUAAUACGGAAUUCGCUCAGAUAUUGUCUAAUACAGUACAAUAUGGUUAUGAAGCUGUUUAUAAUCUCACACGAAUAUGUGCUAUUCGUAUGAGUUUUGUUAAAGGUUGGGGUGAAGAAUAUCGUCGACGUACUAUAAUGAGUACACCAUGUUGGGUAGAAAUUCAUCUCAAUGGUCCAAUGCAAUGGUUAGAUAAUGUUCUUCAACAAUUACCAGCACUUGGUAGUAUGUCUAGUUAA